CUUUCCCUGACGUCCUGUAGGAGGCAGCUUUCUCUCUGUGUGGAGCUCAUAUGCUGUGACAAUGACAGUGAGAUCACGGUGUGCAAGCAUCUCUUGUGUUUAUGAUGUGUAGCGGCUGUAUCGUCAAUGUCCAUAAGAAAAGCUCGACCGACUGUAAUCAUCCCUGUACAUUUCAAAGAUAAUUCAUAUCUGGCUGGAUCGUUCUUUAGCACCUGUCACUAUAAACCUCAGUAAUGGCAGUCAUUUUUGGCAAAACCUCAUGGCUGGCGUUCAACCUGGGUAUUCUGGUUGGCUUCUUCACUAUAUUUCUCCUGUUGAACAACAUCACCAACAGUUUCAGAACUGAAGCACCCUUAGCAAUACGCUCUUGGGAAAAAAACAAGCACAUAGCAUUGCUGCAGAAAUUUCCUCACAGUCACCAACCAGGUAGCAGCAAUGUCAGUAAUGAUCUUUCACAGAAAAUCAGAAUACUUUGCUGGAUCAUGACUGGACCAAAUAACUUGAAUACCAAAGCCAUUCAUGUAAAAUACUCUUGGACCCGUCACUGCAAUGUUGUUCUUUUCAUGAGUUCCACCUCCAAUGACAGCUUUCCAACCGUUGGUUUAGGCACGAAGGAAGGACGGGAUCAGCUUUACUGGAAGACCAUUCGAGCUUUUCAAUAUGUACACAAGAACUACAUUGAUCAGGCUGACUGGUUUUUUAAAGCGGAUGAUGACACAUAUGUUGUAGUAGAAAAUUUGCGAUGGAUGCUCUCAAAUUAUACUUCUGAUCAGCCAGUUUAUUUUGGCAAGCGCUUUAAACCAUUUGCCAAGCAGGGCUACAUGAGUGGUGGAGCUGGUUAUGUACUUAGUAAGGAAGCUCUGAACAGAUUUGUGGAAGGAUUCCGUACCGGAGUCUGCCAACAUACCACAUCUGUGGAGGACUUAGCAUUGGGUCAGUGUAUGGAGAAAAUGGGCGUUAUAGCUGGAGACUCUAGGGACACUGAAAAAAGGGAAACCUUUCAUCCAUUUCCACCCGAAUCCCAUCUUACAGGACACUUUGAUAAGAGCUUUUGGUAUUGGAGCUACUGUUUUUAUCCCAUUGUGGAGGGUUCCCAGUGCUGCUCAGACCUGGCCAUAUCCUUUCAUUAUGUUGACCCCACAUUGAUGCACAUGCUGGAGUACUACGUGUACCACUUAAGGCCGUAUGGAUAUAACUAUCGAUACCAGCCAGAAUUACCAGAGGCUGCAGGACGACUGCCAGUGCACUAUAAGGAGAAGACUACAACUGAAGUAACAGCAAUGGAUAAAAAUAAAACCAGCUCACAAUAGGUUGGUCACUUCAACUACUGAAAACUGUGGACACUUAUUUAAGUCAUUUGACUUUUAUCUUUUAAAGGCAUUUUGUCUUACAUCUGAGCCAAGUACAUCAGAACCGAGGACAAGCCUGUCUCGGAACUUUGUAAAACAUGUUAAAUUAACUUAUUAUUAUUAAUAGUUGAACUUGAUGGGCUUGUGUCUUUUUCAAGCUUUGUAACUAUCAUGAUGUUUUUGCAUUUGAAAAUUGAACUGUGUACUGUACCUGCCAUAACCAGAAUCAAGAUGGACAACUUCUAAAGCCAGUAUGAAAAUUGUAUUGUUUGAUAUAAAAAUGUUAUACCAUGAUAUUCCUGGAUCGGAAACUUGAAAUACUGUUGUUGAGCUUCUGGCACCCCUUUCUUUCUGCUAUUUGUGGCCUGAUUUUUCUAUUACUACAGAUGUGUCCACACUUAACGGAUCACUUAUCUCAACAUGUCCUGAGAUGUGUGCCACGAAAUGACAUUAUAUCUAAAUUGGAUAAAUUGCAAUACAACGUUCAGACAGCUGGUGGCGCUUUGUGUUACUAGCUAUACAACGUUCAGACAGCAGGUGGCGCAUUGUGUUACUAGCUAAAUACCUGAACUUAAGGUAAAGACCUGGUAAUGGAAUUACAAUUGUGAAAUUUGGCCGGGAUCACAUCAGGUCUUUUCUUACAUUUAACAUAUAUAAAAAAUAUAUUGUAUACAUUAAACAAAUCCCUCCAACUGAUGCUCUUUUUUUUUUACUGUGCAAAGAUUAC